AUGAAAGGCGAUGAACUGGCAUCAAAUGUGUUGUAGAAGAAUCAAAGGCGGAGAGAAGAAUCAAAGGUGUUGGGGAGCAAUCAAAGAUGGUGAAAGGAAAUAAUAGUAACGGAGGGAUUCGUGCGCUAAAUAAUGCCUAGUUUGCCGGAAAGAAUAAUCGCAAUCCAGCCUUAUCCGGUUGUGUCACACCGCUGCUAUUUUCACACUCACUUGCAGCCUGCUGCUCCAGAGGAGUGACACGGUGGCUCUGCCUGGAGAGAACCCAACACCAGGACUCAAACCAGAGGCCCAGGAGCGCGGGGAAAUGGCGGAUCUUGGAGUGGGGAUCGUGCCGACCGGGGACCACGCUUUCAACUUCCAGGAGCACGAGCUGAACGAAAGGCUGAAGCGACUGUACCCGGCUGUGAACGAGGACGAGAGCCCUCUGCCUCGGUCCUGGAGCCCCAAGGAUAAGUACAGCUACAUCGGGCUGUCACAGAACAAUCUGAGGGUCCACUACAAAGGUCACGGCAAGAACCACAAAGAUGCAGCGUCGGUACGAGCCACGCACCCGAUACCAGCCGCCUGCGGGAUCUACUACUUUGAGGUCAAGAUUGUCAGCAAAGGUCGAGACGGGUACAUGGGCAUCGGCUUGUCUGCGCAAGGAGUCAACAUGAACAGACUUCCUGGCUGGGACAAGCACUCCUACGGUUACCACGGCGACGACGGUCACUCCUUCUGCUCCUCUGGUACCGGGCAGCCGUACGGGCCCACGUUCACCACCGGCGACGUGAUUGGCUGCUGCGUCAACCUCAUCAACAACACCUGCUUCUACACCAAGAACGGCAUCAGCUUAGGUGUGGCCUUCACUGACCUCCCGCCCAACCUGUACCCCACCGUGGGGCUCCAAACGCCGGGCGAGAUCGUGGACGCCAACUUCGGCCAGCAGCCGUUCGUCUUCGACAUCGAGGACUACAUGAGUGAGUGGCGGGCCAAGAUCCACGGCAUGAUCACUCGCUUCCCCAUCGGCGAGAGGCUGGGCGAGUGGCAGGCCGUCCUGCAGAACAUGGUGUCCAGCUACCUGGUGCAUCAUGGCUACUGCGCCACGGCGACCGCCUUCGCCAGGGCCACAGAGACCACGAUACAGGAGGACCCGGCGUCGAUAAAGAACCGGCAGAGAAUACAGAAGUUGGUUCUGGCGGGUCGAGUGGGCGAGGCCAUCGAGGCCACCCAGCAGCUGUACCCGGGCCUGCUGGAGCACAACCCCAACCUGCUCUUCAUGCUCAAGUGUCGCCAGUUCCUGGAGAUGGUCAACGGCACGGACAGCGAGGUGCGCUGCCUCACCAUCCGCUCCCCGAAGUCCCAGGACAGUUACCCGGGCUCGCCCAGUCUCAGUCCUCGACACGGAGCUGCCAACACACACCUGCACUCCGGAGGCUCCGACAGCCCCACCUGCAGUAACGGGGUCACCCCCUCCAAAAAGUGCAAGAGCCGCGGCGGCGGCGCCAAGUACCCCAGCGCCUCCUCCUCCACCUCCUCCUCCACCUCCUCCUCCCCGUCCUCCGUCAACUACUCCGAGUCCAACUCGCCCGACUCCACAAAGAGUCAGCAGCACAGCACCCACAGCAACCAGGAGACCAGCGACAGCGAGAUGGAGAUCGACGCCGAGCAUUACAGUAACGGCGUGGUGGACGGGUCGACAGCUCGAGUCAUGAAUGGAACCUACAAGCACGAGGAGAUCCUGCAGCCCGACGACAACAGCAACGGAAACAGAGUCUCAGAAGAGGAGCCGUACAGGAGAAGUCGGCAGCUGUGCGGAGGGAACCAGGCGGCCACCGAGCGGAUGAUCCAGUUCGGCCGGGAGCUUCAGGCUCUGAAUGAUCAGCUGUGUCGCGAAUACGGGAAGAACACCACACAGGAGAAGAUGCUGAAGGACGCCUUCAGCCUGCUGGCGUACUUGGACCCGUGGAACUGCCCAGUGGGUCAGCAGCUAGACCCCAUCCAGAGAGAGUCCCUCUGCUCUGCACUCAACAGCGCCAUCCUGGAGUCUCAGAACCUGCCCAAGCAGCCGCCGCUGAUGCUGGCUCUGGGCCAGGCCACCGAGUGCGUCCAGCUCAUGGCCCGGGUCCGGUCCGGCUCCUGCUCCUUUGCCAGAGUGGACAACUUUCUGCACUAGCCCAGGCGGAGGCCAAGGUUGAGUAGCACUGAGGAGGCGUGUCCAGCGGGUGGUCGUCGUGGCGACAGGAACCAGCAUGCGUGUGAUUGGUGUGUUUGGCGCCGGCUGAGGAGGAAUCUUCCGUUUUGAUUUAGUAUUAUCAAAUAAAGUGUGAGACUAUUUAAAGAUAAUUAUAAUUAUUAUUAUUAUUAUUAUUCUGUUCAUCUAGACUUUUUUAGUUGGUUCUUAUUUUGUCGCUUUGUUGUGCUCAUCCCGGACGGAACACACCGCUGCCCCCCCACCCCCGCCCCUCUGUUGCAGUAUGUCACAGCUCCGGCCGUGACCUCGGUGACCCCCGGGUGUGUGGCUGAGAGCUGGAGCGAGUGAGGGACUCGAACCCACAACCCGCCACACCACUGACCCUCCCAGCGCUCACACACACACGUCGUGAUGUGUGCCACGUGUCCCAAACUGUGGGGGUCACCAGAGGUCAGAGGUCAACCUCAUGUAAUAGGACUCUUCUAAUACACACACACAGACUUCAGUUACACACACACACACAGACACACACACACAGGCUUCGGUUACACACACUGGUAGGAUCAAGAACAUUUUUAUAGCUGGAGGAACCUCCACCUGUGUGACGACACUAACACACGUCAGCCUGCACACACACACACACCUGGUGCACAUCCAUAAACAACACAAAUGCUAAACUACACACACACACACACACACACACACACACCUGGUGCACAUCCAUAAACAACACAAAUGCUACACACACACACACACACACCCGCAGGUCUGGUGGCGUCAGCAGCUUCUUCAGGAAAGGUCAGAGGUCAGCGUCGUGCACAACUUCAAUCAUGGAUUAAUGUUUUGAGUUUUUAGCAGAAUAAUAAAAUGUGAAAUGUUUUACUUCUAUUAGCAUGACUUCAAAUGUACUGGAAACAUGUUGAAAAUGUCUGUGGACAUUCUGACAGAACUAUUUUUAUUAAAUACGUCAUACGCACCUGUCUGCGUCUGUCUGUCUGGCUCCGCCCCUCGGCAGGCUCCGCUCGCGUUUGUCCCGCUGGUGGCGCCGUCUUUUGGUCGGAUGAAACGUAGCGUCGAUGACCGCGGCGGGUGAGGGGCCCUGUCACUGGGGAGAGACUCGGAGUAGAGCCGCUGUGUUGGAGGGAGCCAGAUGAGUCAGAGAGGUUAUGUCUGCCCACUGGCUAGGGUGCGUCUCUGGAUCCCUCUGCUGCCCCCGCGACCCGAUGAGCAGCAGAUGAGGCCUCGAGGAUGGAUGCAAGACAAAGUCAUGUGAUUCAAUAGCUGGAAAUAUUUGAACUAAUGUGGUCCGUUUUCAUUUUGUCUAGAAGACAAGGAGUCGACUGACUUGCAACCUUUGUUUUCUUAAACCAUCUUGUUUAUUGUUAUUUGUUUCUCCUCACACGCUUCUCAGCUGCCACCCUCCAACCGGAAGUAGAACGGAACGUCCCUCCAACACGCGCGGAUCUUGGUCAUCGUCACCUGCGUCUGACGUCACACGCGAACCGUUUCAACUUUAAAAAGCGGCAUCACAACUUCGAACACAAGCGUGUUCAUGGAUGUUUUUCAUGUCCCCGACCACUUCCGCGCUCCUCACCCGUGAACUGCGAUCUCACCAGCAGGAGGCAGCAGAGAGCCGUGACCACACAGUUCGGGUUUU